GCUCAGCAGUUCUGCUUUCUCCUCUCUACCCGUGCCGGUGGUCUGGGCAUAAACCUUGCUACGGCCGACACAGUCAUUAUUUAUGAUUCUGACUGGAAUCCCCACAAUGACAUCCAGGCGUUCAGCAGAGCUCACCGCAUCGGGCAGAACAAGAAGGUGAUGAUCUACCGCUUUGUGACCAGAGCCUCUGUGGAGGAGCGCAUCACCCAGGUGGCCAAAAGGAAGAUGAUGCUCACCCACCUGGUGGUCCGCCCGGGGCUCGGCUCCAAGUCAGGCUCCAUGACCAAGCAGGAGCUGGAUGACAUCCUCAAGUUUGGGACAGAAGAGCUCUUCAAGGAUGAUGUGGAAGGCAUGGUGUCGCAGGGACAGCGGAUCGCCGUGCCGGACGCUGUCACCCCUUUCUCUGACACACUGUCAACCAAAGGGGGUACGGUGACUCCCAGCAUGAAAAAAAAGCAUGGUGGCACCCCUCCAGGUGACAAUAAGGACGUGGAUGACAGCAGCGUCAUCCACUACGACGACGCUGCCAUCUCGAAGCUUCUGGACCGAAACCAGGAUGCGACUGAUGACACGGAGCUGCAGAACAUGAAUGAGUAUCUCAGCUCCUUUAAAGUGGCCCAGUAUGUUGUGAGAGAAGAGGACGGUGUGGAGGAGGUGGAACGUGAGAUCAUCAAGCAAGAGGAGAAUGUGGACCCGGACUACUGGGAGAAGCUGCUGCGGCACCACUAUGAGCAGCAGCAGGAAGAUCUGGCCAGGAACUUGGGGAAAGGGAAGAGAAUCCGAAAGCAGGUCAACUACAAUGAUGCCUCACAGGAGGACCAAGAGUGGCAGGAUGAGCUCUCUGACAACCAGUCGGAGUACUCCAUUGGCUCCGAGGACGAGGACGAAGACUUUGAGGAGAGGCCAGAAGGUCAGAGUGGCAGAAGACAAUCCCGGAGACAGCUGAAGAGUGACCGGGACAAGCCUCUCCCUCCUUUGCUGGCAAGAGUUGGGGGAAAUAUCGAGGUACUCGGCUUCAACGCCCGGCAGCGCAAGGCCUUCCUGAACGCCAUCAUGCGCUGGGGGAUGCCGCCCCAGGACGCCUUCAACUCCCACUGGCUGGUCCGGGACCUGCGAGGGAAGAGCGAGAAGGAGUUCAGGGCCUAUGUCUCACUCUUCAUGAGGCAUCUGUGUGAACCUGGGGCGGAUGGUGCCGAGACCUUUGCGGACGGCGUUCCCCGGGAAGGGCUCUCGCGCCAGCACGUGCUGACUCGCAUCGGAGUCAUGUCACUAGUAAGGAAGAAGGUCCAGGAGUUUGAGCACGUCAAUGGGAAGUACAGCACCCCAGAUCUGAUCCUCGAGUGCCCGGAGAGCAAGAAGUGCAGCGAGAUGGUGUCCUCAGAUCCCAACACGCCUGUCCCGGCCAGCCCAGCACACAUGCAGACGGGACCUGUGGCCCUGGCAGACAAAACAGAAACGCAGCUUGGAUUCCAGGAGGAGAAAGACCAAGUGGAGCAAAAGUCCAGGAAGGUGUCUGACAGCCAGGUGCCUGCCAGUGCCGAGAGGUUGGAGAGCGAAGAGCACGCAGAAAGCUGUGACAGCAAGGAGAAACUAAGAGAAGAAAAGCAGGAGGAGAGUGAAAAGACUGAGCCUUCUCCUGAGCCCCUGGUGAAAGAUGAGGGGCUUCCAGAGAAGGAGAAGCCUUUGGAGAAGCUGGAGUUGAACAGCAGCCCCCUGAAAGGGGAGGACAGAGAAGCCAAACCAGAGGAGACCAAGGUGGAGGAGAAGGAGCAGGGCGAGGCUCAGCAAAACGGUGACAAAGAGGAGGAGGAGGAUGGAAAGAAGGAUGACAGAAACAUAAACUUCCGAUUCAUGUUCAACAUUGCUGAUGGUGGCUUUACAGACGUGAUCCUGAACGAGCCGUUCAAGUCGGAGAUACAUAAGGGCAACUACCUCGAGAUGAAGAACAAGUUCCUUGCCCGGCGGUUCAAGUUGCUGGAGCAGGCACUGGUGAUCGAGGAGCAGCUGCGGAGGGCUGCGUACCUCAACAUGACUCAAGACCCCAGUCACCCGGCCAUGGCCCUGAACGCCCGCCUGGCUGAAGUGGAGUGCCUUGCCGAGAGCCACCAGCACCUCUCCAAAGAGUCCCUGGCUGGGAACAAGCCAGCCAACGCUGUCCUGCACAAGGUGCUGAACCAACUCGAGGAGCUGCUGAGUGACAUGAAGGCUGAUGUGACCCGCCUGCCCUCCAUGCUGUCCCGCAUCCCGCCCGUGGCCGCCCGGCUGCAGAUGUCGGAGCGGAGCAUCCUCAGCCGCCUGGCCACGCGUGGUGGGGAUCCCACCGGCCCACAGGGCUCCUUCGGCUCCUCCCAGAUCUACAACAAUAACUUCGGGCCAAAUUUCCGAGGUCCCGGGCCAGGUGGGAUUGUCAACUACAGCCAGAUGCCUCUGGGACCAUACGUGACUG